AUGAUCUGGCUCCUCUGCGCCCCGGCCUCGUUCGCGCAGCCCAAGCCCGGCCUGCUCUCCAGCCUCGCCGCCACGGAGGCUCCUCGACCCGCCUCGACGAUCAUCCCGGCCCGCGACAGCACCUCCGCCUCUUCGCGCAUCUACUUUGACGUGCUCACGCUCAGUUCGCCUCGCGCAAGAGGCUCCGCCGCAUUCAAGGGGAGCCCGCUCGGAAGGCUCGUCUUCCGGCUGAGCGGCGCGGCCCUGCUGCCGCAGCACAGCGCCAACGUGCGGAUGCUCUGCACCGGCGAGAGGACGGGCUGCGCCUACUCCUACUCGUGGUGCCGCUUCGAGCCGGGCGCGCCAAAGACGCGUGGCCACCAUGCAGUCCUGCGCGGCAAGGGGCGGAAUGCUGUCGGCAGAUCGGACUCGCUGAUCUCGGACGACAAGUCGCUCUCCCGCUGCGAGCGGCCGCUGGUCGGCGGGGGUGCCUACUACGGCGUCGAGUUGGACUCGGACGAUGCGGCGACCGACACGGUGCUGGCUGUGCCGGUUCGCGGCGCCGGCAAAGGCACAUCCCGCCUCUCCUUCCUCACUGGCCUCGCGGGCGCUCCAGAGGCGACGCGGAGGAGGCUGCUGCUCGACCAGGCGGUGAUCGGUGUAGCCGACGGAGGAGAGACGGCGGAGGCGAUGCACGCCCUCCUCGCGGGGCUGCGCGAGCGCAAGGCGGUGGCGGUGUCGAGCUGUGGCGAGCUCUUUGAGAAUGGCAGCACCUCUGCCAUCCGGUGCAUGUUUGUGCCAGCUCCCGAAGAGGACCUGCCGGAUGACGUACCGCCCGCGAGCUGA